CCUACACUUAGCUCUGUGCUGGCUCGGCUAGAAGCAUUUUGCUUUGCGUUUUGUGUCCGUGUGUUGCUACGAUCUCCGUGCGAACACCCCGCUCUUGGUUCUUGUCUGUGGGGUCUAGCUGAGGAAAAAGUAACGAGUAUUGCUACACUCUCAUCUAGCUCGUAAAAUCGAACGCCUCGUUUUCCCUGCCUCUUCCUUAUUAUGUACCUACCUAGAUACACCCGAUCCUCGGGCCCGUAGUCCGCUGCCCGCUGCUUCUAUUCCAACUGCCUCUCUCCCCAACUGCACUCAGCCGCGUUUUGCUGUCAGCAGCCAGGUCCCCGCCAUGACACUCCUUCGCCCAGCCUCGUGUCAGUUCAUUUUACGACGGGUACCAACAUGAUGAGUCUGUAGAUAGUAGAUAUAAAGAUGGCGGUUUAUCGGUUUAAAAUGACUUACUAUCUCUCACUCUCCUAUACAUAUCUUCAGCACAUACUACCUAUCUAUCUAAUCCUUAGUACUUAUAAUCAACACGCCUUCUGAUCCUGAAACUAUCAGUGACUUCAUAUAUUCAUACAACUCUUUAUAAUCUGCGCCUUCUCGACAAUAACCAUAGCCAUACAUACUUACUACUCUCUAAUAAAAUGUCCUCCAUCCUCAGGACCGCCACCUCCCUAGCCUGCCUCGCAGCAGUAGCCCUAGCAGGCCCCAUCAACGCCGGCUCGCUCUCGCGCCGCGAAUGGACCGACUGCCCAACGGGCAAGGUAUUCUACGCCUGCGCCAACGGGUACCGGGGGUGUUUCGAGAAAGACCCAUGCGCGCUCCCGCCCGUCGCCACAACGAGCCUAGCCAUACCCGCGACCCCGACCACCGUCGGCGCCGCCGUUACCACCACUCCUGCCGCAAGCACCUGCCAAAGCGGCAGCAUCUGGCAGCCCACGAUGUACAACCUGUACCCGGCACAACCAGACCUCUCGGUCUCGCCGGUGACGUACCUGCAAGUCCAAGCAUCAAACGGGACUCAGCCAUCUCUAGAACAAGUCGCCGCCUUCAGCGGGAUCCCGCGCUCCGCCAAAACCUGCACUUUGAUGUGGGCGCAAGCCGCCGAAUCCGAGCGGACCUUCGUCGUCGACGGCAGCGGGCUAACCGCGAUCCAGCCGCUUAGCGGCUUUCCGGCGCCGGGCACGCCCGUGUCGGCGAACAGCGUGAAGCCCUUCGUGUCGGGCGGCGCGAGGCCGACGCACGCGGACUUCACGUACUGGGACAAGCAGAGCAAGGACGCCGUAAACCACACCGUGGGCGCCUUCGCGUGCGCCGAGGCGGUGUACUACAAGCUGUCCAUCGACGCCGCGAGCGGCGACGGCCGCGUGUACCUCGAGCAGGACGGGAAGAAUGGGCUUUAUGUCACUUACACGUGCUAAGUGUCUGCCUACAUACCUAGGUACCUAGGUACCUAGUACCAAUAAGCUUGCUUUAUUCUGGGGUUUGGGGACGCGGGUAAUGUGUUUACGGGACAUAUGACGGGGGAUAUUUGUGUCGGUCACUCAUUUGCAUCAGCGCUGGAGUUUUGGGUUGAUUUGGAUAUUUGCAUUUCGCAUUAACUGGCGCCCCUUACGCGGUGGGAUGAUAUAGACGGUUUGCGUUGGAUCGGGAUAUUUUGAACAUUUAGACUUAUAAUUCGUACCUAUAUAUACUAUACUUUGAGUUGUAUAUAUCGAAGUAUUCGGGCUUACUGAACGAUGAUGUGAGUGGCAAGUUAUCAUUUGGGGUUGGUACAUCCGGUGCCCCUUACAUGGUGCGGUUAGGGGGUAAGUUAAAAGGGGGCUAGACUACGAGUCCGAUCGUCACGCUACACGCGAAUAUUACUUCACGUGAUCGAUAUUUAUGAGUAAAUAGAUGCAAAAAGCAAUACAGUCUAUACCAUUUUCUA